GUGGCCCGUGCAAGCGGUCUUGCCAUGUGACGUGUUUCUGUGCAGUGGACACUUGAUGUGCGAAAUGAUGAUGAUGGACAUUGGUAUGUACGGCCAUCACAGUCAACAUGGGGCUUACAACCCUUCGGACACGAACUACUACAACUACUCGAGUGACAUUUCCUCCAACGCCCCCCAGCUCCCGCACUACUCCAACUACCACUACGAAGAGCCUUAUCUCUACUCCACCGAAGAGACUCCUCCUUCGCCCCAAGACGGUACUUUGUACUACCACCACCAGCCCAUCCCCCAAGACAACCCCAUUAUCAACACGGAGACGGGGUUGAGCUACACCAACCUGGACUACGGUGGGUCUAAUGGGAACCCGAUGUAUCCAUCGAUCAAUCAGAACAGCUACAACGACGCUUACCAUCAGAGGACCCAUGAUAACAUGUUGAUCAGACACCACGAGGAAGUUAGCGACGGCCAUCAACAGCACCAUUUUCUUCACGAGAACAAGUAUCAACUUGAGGUUGAUGCCAAUUAUCACUCGCAUAUUGUUGCUAAUGCACAGACGAGUUCUUCGUGCAUGGAAUUUCAGCAUUUGCAUAGGUAUAAGGACGAUGGGAUGCAGGGUGAUGGGAGGAUGCGACAGCACGUCAUGCACAACUUGAGUUCGGUUCCUCAACCUCAGCCAGUGUUACCGACGUAUAAGUGGAUGCAAGUCAAACGGAACGUACCUAAACCAACAGUACCAAAAAUUCCUCCUACAAAUCUGCCCGACUUCCCAACUUCGAGCAACCCUUCCAACACCAUGGAGAGUCCCAACCCAGCUUCCAGAAACUCUUGUUUGGGCUCCAACACUUCCAGCAUGCUAAGCCUCAACUGUUUAAACACCGGCAGAACCAAUUUCACCAACAAGCAACUGACGGAACUAGAAAAAGAAUUCCAUUUCAACAAAUACCUAACGCGAGCACGGAGGAUCGAAAUUGCGUCCGCUUUGCAACUUAACGAAACCCAGGUGAAAAUCUGGUUUCAAAACCGAAGGAUGAAGCAAAAAAAAAGAAUGAAAGAAGGACUUAUACCGCCCGAGCCCAUUUCAACAAAUCUAAACACAGGAAGCAAUAGCAGUUCGCCAAGUUCAACAAACUUAAUGCAAAAUGAUUCCGUUGUUGGCAGCAAUGAGAAUAGUCGAGAAUCAAACUAGAGUUUGUGGAUUGUGAAUUCCUUGAACUGUGAACAUUGUGUAUUCGUCGCCAAAGAAAUAGUUGUAGUUUUUGUUUGUUUUUUAAGGACACUCCCGGGCAAAUUCUGUAACGUUUUAGUUAAUUUAUUUGGGUUACUAUUUAUUUAUAUUUAUUUAAAAUGUAAAAUAAAUUACUUAAUCUAC